UAAAUCAUCCACAUAUUAGCCCUUUUGGGAGUCUCUACUGCCUCUAAAGCCGAGAUGUGGAGGUCGACAGGUCGAGCUCUCGUUCUUCCCAGAUCAAUCCGACAGAACUUUUCUCCAAAUCCAACCCCAGCGGUAGUCACAUCUUCGCCGCCGUCGCCAUCCAAAUUUCUAAACCGCAUCUAUCCUACCUUCCGGAGCUCUAGGUUCUUUUUUUCCGCUACUGAAUGCUCGCCGGGAGAGGACGAAGCAUCGCAUAGAGCCGAAAAUUCUGUUAAAAACCCAGACUUCUUCUCCCCAGAAGUCGGUUUUUCUUCAGUAGAGCUAGGGGAAUCAAAUGCUCUCUCAAAGGCAUUCGGGGAUGGGGCCGAUGAGGACGAGGUCGGAGAAGGAGAUAAACUGAAUUCUAUGUUGGAAUUAAGCAUCGAUGGCGAUGCUCUCGUUGGAGCUGAGGAAGUUGCGGAAGAAGCCGCAGCUGAGGUUCAUGAGGUUAAUCUCGAUCAGCUUGAGAGAGUUCUAUCCAUUCUCCAAAGCACUUUACCCCAGGAGAUUGGAUCGAGCUUGGAUAGCCUUGAAGAACUACAGCUAAGUGAGGAGUUUGUGGUGAGAGUAUUUCAGGAUGCGCACGUUUCCGGUGAGAAUUUGGUUUCUUUCUUCAUAUGGGCUAUCAGAAAAGAAAAAGCUGCGAAAAGUUCAAGGGCAUUAGACAUCCUUGUCCGUACGAUCAGUGCAUGUGAUGAUGCUAGCCAGUUGGAAGCCUACAUGUUGUGGGAUUUGAUUAAGGAGUUGGGCAAAAUCGAGGGUAUUGUAAAUACUGAUAUGCUUAAUGAACUUAUAUCUAUUUUCUGGAAGUUGGGAAAGGCCAAAGCUGGUCUGGAAGUUUUUAACAAGUUUGAUGAGUUUGGUUGUGCUCCUGAUGGAUAUACGUUCUACUUUACAAUAGAAGCUCUUGGGAAGAAGUCCAUGAUUGAUACAGCUUGGUCUGUUUGUGAAAAGAUGCUUAAUUCUGGAGGUCUGCCUGAUGUUGAAAAGAUUGGUAAGAUCAUCACCUUCUUCUGCAAGGGAAAAAAGGCAAAAGAGGCCCAUUUGGUCUAUCUGCUAGCUAAGGAGAACAACAUCCUUCCUGGACGAGAUGCUCUAAGUUUUCUAAUUGGUGGUCUAUGUAGAAAUGAUGAAUCUGUCCUCUUGGCUUUGGAGUUAUUGGAGGACUGUCCACAAGAGUCACUUAAAUAUGAGAAUAAGACCUUCUCUUUAGUUGUGAAGAGUUUGGCCAGGAUAAAAGAUGUGCAAGCUGCUAAAUCAUUGCUUUUAAGAAUGGUUGUUUCUGGUCCACCACCUGGAAAUGCAGCAUUUAAUUAUGUUAUCACAGGGCUUUGCAAAGAAGGAGAUGUAGAAGAUGCAAUAGCUCUGACUAAGGUUAUGGAAAGCAGAGGACUUAGGCCGGAUGUGUAUACUUACAGUGUCAUCAUGAGUGGUUUUGCGAAGGCUGGUCUAAUGGAUGAGGCUUUUAAGGUCUUCAUUGAAGCUAAGAAGAAACAUAAAAUAUUGUCACCAGUAAUAUAUCACAUACUUAUUCGUGGUUAUUGUAAGCUAGAGGAAUAUGAAAAAGCACUUGAAUGCUUGAAAGAUAUGAAGGAACACACAAUACAGCCUAAUGCUGAUGAAUACAGUAAAUUAAUUAAGACUCUGUGCCUCAAGGCCGUUGAUUGGCGUACAGCUGAGAAACUGUCAGAGGAGAUGAAAGAGAGUGGUUUUUACCUCAGAGGGGAAACCAGUAGUCUCAUAGCAGCUGUUAAGAUGCUAGAAGAGGAAAUAACAGCAGUUGAAUAAAAAAUCAAAGCUUAACCGAUGACUGGAGCUGGGAAGAAUUGUGGUAAUUUUAUGCAUUUGUUUUAUAAAUUUAGCUGUAAUAGUUAGUUGAAAAUUGUAUUUUCAUUUCACUCUUUAAUGUGUAAUGUUGUGGAAACACUUUCCACCUGGAAAUUUGCAAUUAUAAUUGCAUCCAUGUUUUUUUGUUUUAA